UUUAAAUAAUUAAAAUAAAAUAACAAAUUUUCUUUAUUUUAAUAGGUUAAUAAAAAUGAACUUAAAGUAUAUGGGAUAUCACAAAAUUCAGAUACGAAAGAUUACAUUUUAGUUCUUCUAAAUGUCUAUUGUAAUAAAUGCGGUAAAAAAUUUACAGAUUAUAGUAAAUGGUGCAGAUCAUGUCAAAUUAAUGAUUUAGAAAAUAAUUUUACAAAUUGGACCAGUGUUGAAUGGAUACCAUAUGUUCGGUUCGAUGAUAUUAAAGAGUUAGGAAAAGAUGAAUUUUUUACAAUAUAUUCAGCAAUAUGGAAGGAUGGUCCGUUAAAAUAUGACAGAAAGAAACGUGAAUACUCAAGAAAACAGAGUACAAAAGUCAAUUUAAGAUUAUAUAAUUCACAAAAUAUUAAUGGAUUUCUAAAUGAGAUAUUAAUGGUUAAGGCUACUUCUAAUGAACAUUUAUAUGGAAUAUCUCAAAAUCCUUAUACAAAAAAUUAUAUUAUGUCAAUUCUGGAUGGACUUCAUUGUAAUAAAUGCGGUACAAAAUUUACUUAUAUUAAAUAUUGUAAACCAUGUCAAUUAAAUACUCUAGAAAAAAAUUUUACAAAUUGGACCAGUGGAAAUGAAAAAAUUGAUAGUUUAAUUCAGGAGAGACAAUUAGAAAUUAAUAAUUAUUAUGAUAUUAUAGUUGAAUGGAUACCAUAUGACCAGUUUGAUGAUAUUAAAGAGAUAGGUAAAGGUGGUUUUGCUAAAGUAUAUUCAGCAACAUGGGCUCGUGGUCCAUUUUCUUAUCCUAAACAAAAGUCAUACGAUGGAAAUGUGUUAUAUUAUUAUAUAAGAGACCAACACCCGAAUAAGGAAGUUGCAUUAAAAUGUUUACAUAACUCGCAAAAUAUCACAAGCGAAUUUCUCAAUGAGGCUAGAUUAUAUUCAAUUGAAGAUUAUGAUGAUAAUAAUAUACUUAAAAUAUUUGGAAUAUCUCAAAAUCCAGAUACAAAGGAAUACAUUUUAGUUCUUGAUUAUGCAAAAGGUGGAGAUUUCAAUUAUUGGAUGAACAAAAAUUAUAACAAUUUUAAAUGGUUAGAAAAAUUGUAUAUACUCUUUAGUAUUAGUAUGGGUCUUAAAGAACUUCAUCAAAAGAAGAUGGUCCACCGUGAUUUUCAUACAGGAAAUAUAUUAUUAAGCGAAAAUACAGAUAUACGUAUUUCAGAUAUGGGAUUAUGUGGAGAUGUUAGUAAUAUCAAUCAAAGUAAUAUUUAUGGAGUUAUACCUUAUGUAGCUCCUGAAGUGUUAAAAGGGCAGCUUUAUACUCAAAAAGCGGAUGUAUAUAGUUUUGGUAUGAUCAUGUAUUUUGUAGCAACUGGAAAACAACCUUUUGCUGAUUGUGCACAUGAUGAGUUUUUAGUAUUAAAUAUUUGUAAUGGAAAUAGACCUGAAGUUAAUAUGUCGGAAGCACCAAAAUGUUAUAUUGAUUUGAUGAAGCAGUGUUGGAAUUCUAACCCAGAUAAUAGACCAAAUGCAAUUGAAAUUUAUGAAUCAAUUGAAUUAUUUGUUGACAGCUGUGAUUCAGGAGUUUUUUCAGAAAUUAAAAAGGAACGACAACAUUAUGAAAUUGAAAAACAGAUCGAAGAAGCAGAAGAAUACAGAAAAUUACAUCUUACAUCAUUGGAUGAAAAUAAACGAUUAGUCACUCAUCCACAAGCUAUUUAUACAUCACGAUUACUUAAUCCAUUUACAAAGAGUAUCCCAAAAUAUGAUAAUGUUGACAAUAACACAGUAGAAAUUAUUGAUUUUACAAAAUUAUAAAUCAAAGAUGAUACGACGGAACGAACAUGAUAGCAUGAUAAGUUAUAUUAAACCUAGCU